AUUAUAGUGAUGAUAAUGAAAAUGUUGAAGACAAAUUAAUUCAAAAAAUUAAUGAAGAAUUAAUGUUGCCAUCAAUUGAAUCAGAAAAAGUAAGGUAUUGGGGUGUGCUCAACCUGACAAGAGAAUCUUUGUAUGGUGUAAAAGAUCUUGAGGAUUCAUUAUUAGAAAAUGUGACAAAAAUUUUUUCUAAAAAAUUAAAUUGGAAUCCCAGUCCUGCACCUGAAGUUCUUCAAAAAUACUUUGAAAAUAAUUGCAUUGACAAUAUAGAUGGCACUUAUAUAAGAAUUAAAUAUAUGGAGAGAUGGGGUGAAUUAGUUACAAAAUCAACAUCUGAUGCAUGUAAUGAGAAUAGUGACCCAUUCAAGAAGUCAAGAAUUGGACACAAGGUAGAUAUGCUUGGAACAUUAAUCAGAGGAUUUGAAAUCAAUAUUUAUGCUAUGCAAUGGUAUGAAAAUGGGAUAUAUCUGUUUGGAAUAUUGGAUAAAACCAUGAUACCAUCAUCAGAUAAUGAUUGUAUACUAUUUGAAGAAUUAUAUUGUGUCUUGAGAGAGUUGGAAGUGAAGUUGUCUGAAACAGAAGAAGUGAUCAAAGAUUUAAAUUCCACAAAUAUGAGAGGAAAAAGAAGAAAACUCUCUGAAUGCAAUUCUCCUAAUUUAAAUGAAGUCAGAACACCAUAA